AUGCCACCACCCUAUCCUCUACGUCCCUCAUCGAGUCCUGUCUCCGUACCCACCUCUGAGCUGGUCUGGCAACCACUAACUGCUUGUCUGCGGGGCGUUGCUGCUAUGCCCUCUUUUCGUCAUGUUAUUCGCUGCCCCUCAUCCGAAAUGAUGGAAUGCUCGGCAGUCAUUACAGGCCAUUUCUGCCACUCGCAUGGAGGCUAUUUCAUGUGA